AUUUCCGCCAGUUUGACCACUGACCUUCCCGGCGCCUUCGCCGCUGCUGCCAGACAGCCGCAGCCAGACACGUGCGCUCCACGCUGUUACAUUGUUCGGAGUCACACGCAGCUUGCCAAGAUGCCGAUAGUUCUGUACCAUUUUCCUCUCAGCCCGCCUUGCAGAACGGCUCUGUGCACCGCUAAGGCCCUUGGGCUUGACGUCACCAUCAAAAUCGUCAACCUCAUGGAAAGGGAACACCUCAAUGAGGACUACGUUAAGAUGAAUCCAGAGCACACAAUACCGUCUCUGGACGAUAAUGGUUUGUUCAUAUGGCACAGCCAUGCAAUCGCCACGUACCUGGUGUCCAAGUACGGGAAGGACGACUCUCUGUACCCGAAGGAUCCUGCCAAGAGGGUGGUCGUGGACCAACGACUCUACUUCGAUGCCACCACGCUGUUCCCUCGUCUGAGAGCCACUACUUUCCCUUUGAUGUUCCUGGGAAAAUCUGAGGUGGAACCGGACAAGAAAGCUGCCAUAUACGAUGCACUGGGGAUUCUGGAGAAGUUCCUGGAGCCAACUGGAUGGGUGGCUGGAGACCACGCCACGGUGGCAGACAUCGCUUGCGCCGUGACUACGGCCACUCUGCAGGCAAUGGGAGUAGUCCUUGAUGCAUACCCAAAGAUAAGGGAGUGGCUGCAACGAUGUAACAGCACCAUCCCCCACUUUGAAGAGGAAAAUAAGGAAGGACUGAAGGAUGUCACUGAAGUCAUUAAAAGCAGAGUGACUUAUAAUGUAUAUGCGCCGUAACUAUGAGGCUUCAAAUAUCUGUAUUUGAAAGUCAAUUACUUAUCUGUAUGACUGGUGUAUUCUUUUGAUUAUACCUUUUUUACUAUAUAUUUACUGCUGUAUUUGCUUCCAAGUUUUGGUUUCAUUGUUUCAACUUCUCAUACUUAUUAAAAGAAAACAAAUCAAUGGGACCUAAAUAAUUAUCAAUGACAUAUUUAAUGAAAUUCUAUAGCACCAAAUUUUAUGUAUGUAAAAAGUAGAUUUAUCAUUCUUACCAUUACUGUACAAAAAUAAAACAAGUCUGAAGUGACACACAAAA